AUGGCUCCCGUCCAAGCAAUGAAUGUCACCAUGAAGAACUCCUGGCGGCAGCUGCUCCGGGUAUUACUGUCUAUCGCCACUUCGCAAUUCGUCCCCAUCAACCUUAAGAUGACCGGAAUCACAGACAAGGUCUACGAAGCCGCGAAGAAGAUAGCCUCCACCUUCAACACGUCUUUGGCCAAGACAUCACUUUCCGACACCUUCGUGGAUGGCUCAUGCAGUGUCCAGUCCUACAGCUUUACCGUCAGCCCUUACUUACAUGCAGACACUCAAGAUGACGAGAUGUUCGUCCGGGAUCUCGACAGACGACUGUGUGUAACGUAUUACACCCCCAAGUUUUUAAGAAAAAGGGGUGUCCGGAUGAAGAAACCCUACGAAGACUGCGUCCCGUAUCUCAGCCACCAGGACGUCCGCAUGGCCACCCAGCGAAUGGAGAAGAAAAUGUCGCCUCGGAAAGAGAGAGACCACCCUUACAACGAGGAGGACGAUGGACUACAUUGUUUCAGUGCAUAUGUUUAGGACACGGUCUACGGCUGGCUGGCGGG